AUGAAGGGAGUCGUAGCUGCUCUCGGACUGCUAGGUGUGCAGCAGUUUGCGGCGGCGCAGAGCAGCACGGCGAAACCGACGAUAUGUCCCAUUCACGGCCAGCAGUUUCCGGCUCCUACAGGUCUGGCAAAGGAGACUGGCUUCUAUACAUUCACCCAGGAGAUCGAGGAUACGAUCAAGGCGAACCUCACCAAUGCGCCUUUCAAUGAAACGACGUUCUCUCUGGGCAUGUUCAGCACGACGGACGAUGGCCUCCUUUACGAGUAUCACCAUACGGAUCCAACAGUAGCCAACAGUACUGCGGGAACUCAGAAAGUCGAUGCGAACUCGAUAUACCGAAUCGCGAGCAUUACGAAGAUCCUUACGGUGUACCUGUGGCUCAUCAAGGAUGGGGACCGGCGCUUUAACGAUCCGAUUACGGACUUUCUUCCUGAGCUCAAGCAAGCGAAUGAGGUUGCGCAGCAGUAUGCCACGCCAGAUUGGGAGGAGGUGACGGUUGGGGAUCUGGCGAUGUAUCUUGCGGGUGCUGCUCGAGAUUAUGGACUGAACGACGUCGCUCUCAAAGGCUAUGUCACGUCGCUGCUUCCACCUUUAGCUGAAGAGGAACUCCCGAACAACCCUGCAAAUGGCAUAAAUGUGGCUGCGAGUGAGGAUCCGGUUUGCGGCUUCUUUACUGCUAAUCUGAGCUAUUCUCCUUGUUCUCGGGAUGUGUACCUCUCGCACAUCGGAACUCUGGCAGCCAGCUUUCCCUCGGGCUACACUCCUCUCUACAGUAAUGCCAAUUUCGCGCUUCUGGGCCUUGCAUUGUCGAGUCUGGUCGGUCAAUCCGAGGAAGAGAUCUUCGAUCAACAUCUGGUGAAGCCGCUUGGUUUGAACGGCACGACUUUUUCGAAUCCUUCUGAUGUGACCAAGAACUCUGUCGUGCCCAGCGGAGACUUGCAGAAGAGUGGCUGGAAGAAUGCUUUGGGCCCGUUGGAUGGCGCCGCUGGAGCUUUCUCGACUACGAACGAUCUCGCUGCUAUCGGCAAGUCUAUCUUGAACAGCACGCUCACUUCGAAAGCAGUGACACGCAGAUGGUUCACUUCGACCACGCUCAACGAGCGAAACGACCAGGCUGUUGGCCGUGGAUGGGAGAUCUUCAAACAACGAGUCAAUGGCCACUCGGUUGACCUCUACACGAAGAGCGGCAACUGGGGCGUGUACGCUUCCGUGAUCUUCCUGAUCCCCAGCUACAAUUUUGGCUUCAGCAUAUUGACAGCAGGCAACUCAGGCAAACUGCCAGAGGUGCUCUCAAACACACUCGUAGAAAACCUACUACCAGCGCUCGAGGACAUCGCAAAGCAACAAGCUGACCGGAACUUCGCCGGCCACUUCUCUUCAGAAAAGAGCAACACCUCCAUCACAGUCACGACCGACGACUGGCCAGCACUCAAAGUCACGCAAUUCGUCGCCAACGGCAUCGACCUCCUGGACAGCGUCUUCGCCCUCUUCGGCAAGGAUAUCGACUUCCGCCUGCUGCCCAGCCAUCUCUACAAGGGCAACCAAGUGGGCUUCUCAGGCGUCUACCAACCUCCGUCACCGCCUGCCCCGGCCGACGAGUUCUACUGGCCAUGUCAAACCUGGCUCGACAUUGACGACUUCACCUAUGCCAACGUCCCGCUCGGACAUCUUGUGUUCGAGGUUGAUGAAAGCGGCCGAGCUUGCUCGUUGCAGGCGAAGGCUCUGAGAGAGACGCUGCAGAGAAAGCAGGUAUGA